AUGGGACAUUACCUAUUUCCUAUUUUAAUAGUUCUGAUGGCUAUUGCAGUAAGCAGUCAUCAGACACUUGAUAAUGAAUUGCAGAACUGUGUAAUACCUCGAAGUGCUUGGACCUCAGCUCCCUUGAAUUCAGAGGUAGAAGAUUUAGAGGGCGAAGCACCUUUGGCUAUAAUAUUGCAUACAGUAUCACAAUCUUGCAAAAAUUCGCAAGAAUGCAAGGAAGUAGUCAAAUCAAUUCGCAAUUAUCAUGUUGAUGUUUUAGGAUUUGAUGAUAUAGGAUAUAAUUUCUUGGUGGGCGGCGAUGGACUCAUAUAUGAAGGAAGAGGUUGGGGUAAAAGAGGAGCUCACACUUUUGGAUUCAAUAGCCAAAGCGUCGGAAUAGCAUUUAUAGGUAAAUAUCAUGACACGUUCCCCAUUCACGAUUCGCCAACUAGCCACCAGGUAAGUUGUACUAAACGGUUACUGGUGGAAGGUGUAACAUCAGGAUGGCUUGCAAGCAAUUAUAGCUUGGUUGGAUAUUGUGAUCUCAUGUCAGGAAUUCCACCAGGAAAUAUUCUAGUACAAGAGAUAAGAAAGUGGCCACAUUACAGAAAAGAAGGAAAUCCUGGAAUUUGUAAAUGAAAAUUUAUUUGAUUUUUAUAUUCGAAAACGAUUUGA